AUGAGCGCGAGCGGCCCGGCGGCUCCCGGGGACAGCCCGGCGCUGCAGCCGCCGCCGCCCGGGCCCGCCUCGGGGCCCGCACCGCCCACGCCCGCCGCCACCGCCGCCGCCGCCACCGCCCGGGACGCCAUGGACGGGCGCGCCGAGCUGCCCGCCUUCCCCCGGGCCGGACCCCCGCCGCUCGCAGCCAGCGACACGGUGCCCGCGGCGCCCGAAGGGGCCGGGGCUGCCCGGCCUGGCCCGCCGCCGCGCCCCACCUCCUUCUCGGUGCUGGACAUUCUGGACCCCAACAAGUUCAACAGCAGAAGACGCCGCUGUGUGCUUCUGGGCCCCGUGCCGCCCGCCGCGUGCGCGCCGUGCGCCCCGGCCCCGUGCGCCCCGGCCCCCGCCGCCCCGGGACGCCCGCCGCGCGCAGAGGAGCUGGAGCGCCGCGCCCUCGCCGCCGCCGGAGGAGCUGGAGCCGCCACCGGAGCUGAGCCGCCGCACGCCGGCGACCCCUACAAGGCGGACGAGGCCGAGGCCAGCGGCUACAGCGGCGGCGGCGGCCGCAGCCCGAGCGCGGACGAGGCUCCCGACGCCGACUACGACGACGAGGCGCCCGACGCGGGGACUGCGCGCGGCGCGGAGGAGGUGCGGGGCGGCGGCGGCGGCCUCGCGGCCCGCGGGUCGGGCUGCCCGGGCGCGGCCGAGGCCGAGGCGGCCCCCGGCGCGGCGGAUGAGGCUGCGGCCCCCGGCCCCCGCGGGAACUCGCCUGGAGCCCCGGGCCCGCCUGGGGCCUCGGCGGCGGCGGCGCCGGGGGCCGCGGGGACGACCCCACAGGGCGCGGCGGCGGCGACGAAGCCCAAGCGGAAGCGCACGGGCUCGGACUCCAAGUCCGGGAAGCCGCGGCGCGCGCGCACCGCCUUCACCUACGAGCAGCUCGUGGCGCUGGAGAACAAGUUCAAGGCGACGCGCUACCUGUCGGUGUGCGAGCGCCUCAACCUGGCGCUGUCGCUGAGCCUCACCGAGACGCAGGUGAAGAUCUGGUUCCAGAACCGCCGCACCAAGUGGAAGAAGCAGAACCCUGGUGCCGACACGAGCGCGCCGACCGGCGGCGGCGGGGCAGCGGGGCCGGGCGCGGGGCCGGGCGCUGGGCUGCCCGGCGGCCUCAGCCCGCUCAGUCCGUCGCCGCCCAUGGGCGCGCCGCUCGCCAUGCACGGCCCCGCCGGGUAUCCGGCGCACGGCCCCGGCGGCCUGGUGUGCGCCGCGCAGCUGCCCUUCCUGUCGAGCCCGGCAGUGCUGUCGCCCUUCGUGCUGGGCUCGCAGACCUACGGCGCGCCCGCCUUCUACGCGCCGCACCUCUGA